AUGGCCCAGCCAGCCGAACCCAAUUGCCCCCCCCAUCCGUUCAAAGCCAGCGUGUGUCAUAGCGUGCGCGUAUCGGAGAUCAUCAGUGUGCGCGAGGAGGAGCCCGAAGAGGAUCGGAAGAUCGGCAGGGACGAUGGGAGCUGGAAGACGAUCCGAGAGGGACAAGCCAAAGACCGCAGGCGCUCUUUCACAGUGUCCUACGUGGAGAGGUGUCGGCGGCACCGCUGGCGGUGCGCCGACGUCACCUUCGCGUGUCCUCAGGUAGCACUGUGCCGCCGCUGGGUCAGCACCAUCAGAGAGCAGCUGGAGGCCAUCGGCGGCAGACCUACGCAGCUGCUGGUGUACAUCAACCCGUAUGGCGGCAAACGGCAGGCCAAACGCGUCUACCAGCAGAAGGUGGCGCCGCUCUUUGCUCUCGCCGGCAUCGGCACGCACGUCAUUGUGACAGAGUACGCCAACCACGCCCGGGACCACCUGAGGGAGGAGGCGGAGCUAAAGAAGUACGACGGCGUGGUGUGCGUGGGCGGCGACGGCAUGUUCAGCGAGAUGGUGCACGGCUUGGUGUGGCGAACGCAGAGGGACGCCGGCGUGGACGUCAAGCGGGCCGAGCAGACGCUGGUCGCCUGCCCGCUGCGCAUCGGAAUCAUCCCAGCAGGCUCCACAGAUUGUAUCUGCUUCGCCACAGUGGGCACCAACGACCCCGUGACCUCUGCCCUGCACAUCAUCGUGGGCGACCGUCAGCCCAUGGACGUGUGCUCGGUGCACCACGGCGACGCCUUCCUGCGCUACUCGGUGUCGCUGCUGGGCUACGGCUUCUACGGCGACGUGCUGACUGACAGCGAGAGGAAGCGCUGGAUGGGCCCCGCCAGGUACGACCUGGCCGGCCUCAAGAUGUUCCUCACUCACCACCACUACGAGGGCACCGUGUCCUACCUGCCGGCCGGCGGCGACGCCGGAGCGCCCGGCGACGCGUCCAGGUGUCGAGCUGGUUGCUCAGUUUGCGGGGACAACGGGAAGCUCUUGUCGGAGAGAGCCGCCAUUUACCAGACGGACCCGCACGAGGGCAGCGUAAACGACGACGGCGAUGACGACGACGGCGGCGGCUGGCGGAGCAUCCGCGGCAAGUUCCUGGCCAUCAACGCCGCCAGCAUGAGCUGCGCGUGCCCCCGCAGCCCUAAAGGCCUGUCGCCCGCCGCCCACCUGGCCGACGGCACCGCCGACCUCAUCCUGGUGCGCAAGUGCUCCCGCUUCAACUUCCUCAGGCACCUCCUGCGCCACACCAGCAAGGACGACCAGUUUGACCUGUCCUUCGUGGAGGUGCACCGCGUGCGGCGCUUCCGCUUCACCCCGCGACACUGCCGCAGCGACUCUGAGCUGGAACUGGAGCCGCUGGACGGGAAGCGGCAGAUCUUCGGAAAGAUCUGCCGAGACCACCCGGCCUGCGGCUGCGCGGCCCACUUCAGCAGCUGGAACUGCGACGGCGAAAUCCUACCGCACGCCGCCAUCGAUGUCAGAGUGCAUUGUCAGCUGAUCCAACUGUUUGCCCGAGGCAUCGAGGAGGCGGCGGCCAUGUUUGACGAGCUGGCGCCCACCUGCUCCGCGUAGGGUCGGGAUCUGCCACGAGCCGCGACUUGCCUCCCUCUGCGUCUUUUGUUCAGCGGGUCUGAUCGGGUCACGUUCCAGAGGGAAGGUGACGACGGUGCUGUCGCAGAGAAUCGGGAAGGCCGGCCGGCCAGGUAACGUCCAGACGCUUCAGCGUCGGGGUUGACUCGGGUCAAAGGUGAAGUCCUACUGAAUGUCGAGACCAACUGGCCACCACUCAAAUUCUUGAGUAGGUUUAGUCGGGUCUGAAUUUGGAGUCGUCUUCGAAUGGUGUUGGAGGCCCGCCCGAGUUGGGUCUGAUCUUUGAGAUUUUAGUGCUGGUAGGGUGAAUGACAAACCCUCGUCUUUAGUUUGCAGUUGGCUCUGCUGAGUCUAAAUGUCAAAGUCCUGCUAGAGUCCAGUCUGACUGAGAAGUCCGACUCAAAUCUUAGUGUUAAGUCCCACGUUUUUCCAGGUGUGAACGUUUAUCUAUCUAUCUAUCUAUGCCCUCGUCAAGUCUCGUCUCGAUCUUGUCUAAGUUUAGUCGGGUCUGAUCUCGGACUUGUCGGGACGCUUCCAAAGGAGUUUUUUUUCUUUCUUUUAACAAUGUUUUUAUUUAUUUGCCUCCACUGUUAAGAGACGUAGGAAAUGAUUUGUUCUCGGAAGAUGACAACUUUUUAGUCGUAUUUGUUUUGUUUUUUUUGCUACGUAAAGGUUUGACUUUCAUUCAAGAAAAGAAAAAAGGAAAGUUCUAAUUUCUUUCCAUCUGUUACAUGACGACCGACAAUUGUUCACCAAUGGUAAACUCUUGUGACCGAAUAGGUCAUUUUCUGGAGAACUUUUUAUUUUCUCUUGACCCUAACCCCCCAAAAGAAUAGGGAAUAGAAGAAAAAGUCUCAAUUGUCUAUAGAUUGUUUUUUUUUUGUUUCAUGGCUUUUCAAAUGUUUUGUUAGCGUCUGUUACAUGACAACUGCAAUUGUUCCUCAGAAGCGAAACUCCAACUAGUUUUCCCAAGGAUUUCCAAAGAAAAUAGUUUUUUUGUAGCUGGUGCUAAUGAAGCACUUUUAGUCGUCUCGUAUUUGAUUGUUGAUGGACUGACCUGAGCUGGACUCAUGAAGGUGACGACGAGUUUGUGUCCAUGUAGCGCCAGCCAUCUUUUUGGUUCGCGGCAAAUGCAAGAAGUACAACUGCAACAAGGAAUUGAAGACAACUCCAGGCGUUUGAUGGACAAUUAAGUUUGGCCGGCUUGAAUUGUUACUGUGGCAACGUCGCUAGCGUCAACAUGACUUUGCAUGCUAAUUAGCUGUCAUUAGCAUGCUAGCCGCUGCUGCAAUUGUAUGCAAGUUUUGGACCUCUAUGCACUCCUGCCAGCUGUAGCCGCCUCUGGAAGAAAUAAAAUCACAUCAAUA